AUGAACCAGAUACGUUCAAUCCAGAAGCUAAGUGAAACUGAGUUAGAACACGGAAUCCUCAGCGAAGAGGCAUCAUGGCACUAUCAGUAUAAAGACCAAGCGUAUAUCCAUUUUAGUGGGUUGAAUGUGGAGCUGACCGAGGGUGAUAUCCUCACGGUAUUUUCCCAAUUUGGGGUGCCAACUGAUCUGAAACUAGUCCGAGAUCGAGAAACGGGGGAGUCUAGAGGGUUUGGAUUUCUCAAGUAUGAAGACCAACGGUCGACCGUCCUGGCCGUGGACAAUCUAAAUGGGGUAAAUUUAUGCGGAAGGGUGCUGAAAGUGGACCAUUGUUUCUACGAACCCCGCGAUGAGGAUGAAGCGUACGUGAAAACUGUGAGGGAGGAGCUGGCGAGGGACCUCGUGGACGUCGAAGUCGGUACGACCGCACCAAUACAAGGGAAGAUCACAUUGACGGAAGAUGCUGAGCUAGCUGACCCAAUGGGUGAGUUCCUCUCCUCGAAGAAAGACGUUGAUGGAAGAUAA